AAUUCUGGACAUACAUAUACGCUGUCUUCUCACUCGCUCUCCGGCACAAAGGUUUUCCGGCGGUAUCUCCGAUUAGUAAAAAAUCAAACUCAGAGAUACAAAUUUUUUGAUUGAAAGCCGAAAUUAUACAUAUCUUUUUUAUUGCAAAACCUCAAAAACGACAAUGGCGUCGUCGUCUAGCAGCGGCUUAACGUUUAAGCUACAUCCAUUAGUAAUAGUUAACAUAUCAGAUCACUACACGCGUGUCAAGUCUCAGAUGAACCCUCCGGUUACUAACAACGGCGGUGCUAGUGACUGUGUAGGCGGAGGAGGAGCAACUGUAGCAGCGGCACCGCCUCCACCGCCUAGAGUGUACGGAUGUGUAAUCGGAGUACAAAGAGGACGGACUGUUGAGAUCUUUAACAGUUUCGAACUUCUUUAUGAUCCUGUCACUCACUCUCUUGAUCGUGCUUUUCUUUUGAAGAAGCAAGAGCUUUAUAAGAAGGUUUUUCCUCACUUUUAUAUAUUGGGAUGGUAUUCGACGGGGAGCGAUGCUGAGGAAUCUGAUAUGCAUAUUCACAAAGCUUUGAUGGAUAUUAAUGAAAGUCCUGUUUAUGUUCUACUCAAUCCUUCAAUCAAUCCUGCUCAGAAGGAUCUUCCUGUGACUAUUAAUGAAAGUGAGCUGCAUGUCAUUGACGGCAUUCCACAGCUCAUAUUCGUUCGUUCAAGUUAUACAAUUGAGACAGUGGAAGCUGAACGGAUCUCAGUUGAUCAUGUGGCACAUCUUAAGCCCUCUGACGGAGGCUCUGCAGCAACUCAGUUGGCUGCUCACCUUACUGGUAUACACAGUGCCAUCAAAAUGUUGAAUAGCAGAAUUAGGGUACUUCAUCACUAUCUUGCUGCGAUGCAAAAAGGUGAAAUUCCUUGUGAGAACUCAUUACUAAGACAGGUAUCAAGCCUUUUGAGAAGAUUGCCAGCCAUUGAAUCAGAAAAAUUUCAAGAUGAUUUCUUGAUGGAGUACAAUGACACGUUGUUAAUCACUUACCUGGCCAUGUUUACUAAUUGCUCAAGCACAAUGAAUGAGCUAGUUGACAAGUUCAACACAGCCUACGACAGGCAUACUCGAAGGGGUGGACGAACUGCUUUUAUUUGAAUUUAACUAUAUCUUAUAUUAGCAGUUAGUGCUGAUUUGACAACUGUUUCCGGGUCGAGUGCCUUUUCUCCGGGUCCAUUUUUUUGAUAUUUUUGUCCUUUUUAUAUGUUCAUAGCACAAAGAAGCUCUGGAAUAUGUUCCGUAGAAACUGAACAAUUAGAGAAAAUAGAAAUCCAUCAGAUUUUCUUGGAACCAAAAGGAUUUUAUUUUCAUGGAUUCAAAAUUGCCCCCUA